AUGGGCUGUAAAGAAAUUUGUCUAAGCCCAGGAGGGAAAUGGCGACGUGCGGCCUGCCUCUUUGUUUUUUGGUGCUUUUUUCUAAAUGCAACGGAUGCGCAAAUCCGUUACUCAAUCCCCGAGGAGAUGAAAAAAGGGUCGCUCGUCGGGAAUGUGGCACAAGAUCUCGGUUUGGAUCUGAAAAGACUCCGUUUUGGGCGCGCCCGCAUCGUGACGGGGGAAAACGUCCAGUACACUGAGCUGAGGGUGGACAAAGGGCUGCUGGUUGUUCAUGAGAGGAUAGAUAGAGAACAGCUCUGUGGAGACGUGACUCCGUGCAGUUUUACGUUCGAGAUUUUAUUGGAAAACCCUAUGGAGUUACACCCAGUCACCAUCGAAGUAUUGGAUGUCAAUGACAAUGCUCCUGCAUUUGAAAAUAGACAUUUAAAUUUUGAAAUAAGUGAGUCUGCUGCGCUUGGCUCCCGUUUUGUUUUGGAAAAUGCGCACGACGCUGACGUGGAUGCGAAUGGUCUGCAGAGUUACGUAUUGACACCGAGUGAUCAUUUUGUUUUGAAACAGCACGUCAGUCCGGGAGGCAAAAAAUAUGCAGAAAUGGUCCUCCAGAAAGUCUUAGAUAGAGAAGAACAGCCGAGACUCGCCUUAAAAUUAGUGGCUGUGGAUGGUGGAAAUCCACAAAAAUCAGGUACAGUAAAUAUAGAGAUUAGUAUUCAAGAUGCAAAUGAUAAUGCUCCAAUCUUCAAUCAAACUUUUUAUAAAGUGAAAUUAAUAGAAAAUGCCUCAAAAGGCACCCAUGUUCUUUCUGUAAAUGCCACUGAUGCAGAUAGUGGUUCAUAUGGAAUUGUACUGUAUUCGUUUUCAAAAUUAAAUGCAGGCAUAGCAGAUUUAUUUCAUAUAGACGAGAAAACAGGAUGGAUAUCUGUAGCAAAGCAAAUCGAUUACGAAAAGGACAAAACAAUUGAGUUCAUGGUUGAAGCUAAAGAUCAAGGUGGGCUGACUGAGUCCGCUAAAGUGGAAAUAGAAGUACUGGAUGUGAACGAUAAUGUCCCAGUCAUUAACGUUAUGUCCUUCACUAGUCCCGUGUCCGAAGAUUCCCAAGCUGGUACCACUAUUGGUAUCAUUAAUGUAAAAGACUUAGAUUCAAAUGAAAAUGGGAACGUAAAGUGCGCAAUAGAAGGUCGUGUUCCAUUUCGGAUUAAAACUAAUGUAAGAAAUUAUUUUGCAUUGAUGACUGAUGCUGUCUUAGAUCGUGAAACUGUCUCAGAAUAUAACUUCACACUUGUUGCGUCUGAUGCAGGUUCACCUCCCCUCUCAACUAAAAAGACUUUUAAUUUAAAAGUUGCAGACGUGAAUGACAAUGCUCCUGUCUUUCCAGUUAGCUUCUAUCGUGCAAACGUUGAAGAAAACAACUCUCCAGGUGUUUCUGUGCUAAGAGUGAGUGCCAAAGACCUGGAUGAAAAUCAGAACGCUCGUGUCUCUUAUAUGUUGGAGCAGGGUGAAAUCGGAGGAAGUCCAAUUAGUGAAUUUGUGUCCAUAAAUGCAGAAAGUGGAGUGAUUAGUGCAGUUCGAUCAUUUGAUUAUGAGCAAAUCAAAGAAGUUUUAUUUAUUGUCCGAGCUCAGGAUGGAGGCUCCCCUCCUCUGAGCACCAACGUGAGCGUGACCAUUUUGAUCCAGGACUCCAACGACAACGGCCCGCAGGUCCUGUAUCCGGUCCAAACAGGUGGGUCAGUGCUGGCUGAAAUGGUGCCUCGUACAGCAGACGUAGGCUUUCUGGUGACUAAAGUGGUGGCAGUGGACGUGGACUCUGGACAGAAUGCAUGGCUGUCAUACAAAGUGCACAAAGCCACAGAUCGGGCACUUUUUGAAGUGGGCCUCCACAAUGGAGAAAUUAGAACUGUCCGCCAAGUGACUGAUAAAGAUGCUGUCAAACAAAGACUGACUGUUGUAGUGGCAGACAACGGGCAGCCCUCUCGUUCAACUACAGUCAUUGUUAACGUGGCCGUGGCGGACAACUUCCCUGAAGUGCUCUCAGAAUUCACUGACUUCAGUAUGCACGACAGAGAGUACAAUGACAAGCUGACAUUUUACUUAGUCUUGGCUUUGGCCGUGGUCUCCUUCCUCUUCAUCGUCACCUUGCUGCUUAUAAUAUCAGUCAAAGUGUACAGGUGGAGACGGUCUCGCAUACUGUACCACUCCAACCUGCCCGUCAUUCCGUAUUAUCCGUCACGUUACUCGGAUACUUUGGGGACAGGGACCCUCCCACACGUGUAUAACUAUGAGGUGUGCAGGACCACUGACUCCAGAAAAAGUGAUAUGAAGAAUAUGCAAGGCAUGAAUCAAAGUUUACUGAGUGUGGAUGGAGUUGAACCUGAUGCACCAAAUGCAAGCAAGCUCAUAUCCGGAAACUGCUCACAGAUGUCAACAUUGGUGAGUGAAAUAUUUCCCAUUUUAAAUGUUGUUUUCCCAAAUUGCACUGAUUGUAGGAUAAAGUACAUAGUUAGCAUGAGUCGUCACUGCGCGUGA